AGUUUUGGACUUCGGCCUUUUCUACUUCAUAGCGGGCGGCUCCUCCUACUGAUGCGAAGCGGAGGGUCUGCGUUUGGGUAUAAAGCUAUCAACUACAGAGAUAACAUAUGCUGCAGAUCCUUCUUAAUCUUUCGAUUGAUUAUCUCUGAAGAUGUGUCUUUGAUUUUGACCUGGCACACUCUCUGAUUCGUCUGAGAUCAGUGCGAAUUCUUCCCUCCUCAUCCACAUGUUUUGACCAUUCUAACGAUUGGGACUGCUAAAAGUUGUUCUUUCUUCUUUUCCCAUUCUUGUUUUCUUCUGAUUUUUUUUCAGAGGGAUAGUGGAUUUGAUGAUCGCAAUUGUUUAUCUGAUCAAACCCCAAAACUUUUACUCGGUCUCCUUAUGGUUUUGCUGGAAUUUAGGUUUGUUUGUUUGUGGUUAACGAGAUGCCACAAGGGAAAUCAGAAGAGUUUGUGUUUAUGUUUUAUGCUGCAGUUGUUCUAAUUGCUAGUUUCAUGUAUUUAAGUUGACCCUGGCUGGUGGCUUUAGUUAGAUAAAUUCGGCAUAACGAUUUAUUUAGUGAUUAAGUGUUUCGCUCAAAUUUUCAUUAGAAACGUGUAAUAACUAAGCAGCGCUUGGUUGUGUUACAUGCGUGUAUUUGAUGCUUGAAAACUAGGAUUUAUGUAGAUUGUUUUAUCAAGAGUGAAACUCUGACCGGUUCUUUUUCCUUUUUGCAUGUUCAAAAGUAACAUAAUUAUGUUCAUCCUGCAUCAUUAUACCAGCUUUGGAACGCAGUAAAUACUAAAUGUUUGUGCAUCAGUACCUUCUGCUUCAAAUCUGUAGCAUUUCUGUCUAGUUUGGAGAAAAAUAAAGGUCCAUCAUGGCAACAAAAGGAAACCCAGGAGACAAGAGAAGGAGGGUUUCGAGAUCAGUUUUCAUCAUAGUUGGCUUGUGUGGUUUCUUCUAUAUAUUGGGUGCAUGGCAACGGAGUGGUUUUGGGAAGGGAGAUAGCAUAGCGUGGGAGAUCACUAAGCAGACAGAUUGCAGCAUUCUCUCUAACUUAAAUUAUGAAACCCACCAUGAUUUUGAUGGAACACUUGAUGAUCCUAAAUUAAAAGUAAAGUUCAAGCCAUGUGAAGAUCGCUACAUAGAUUACACUCCCUGUCAUGAUCAAAUGCAAGCAAUGACAUUCCCCAGAGAGAAUAUGGUUUAUAGAGAAAGGCACUGUCCUUCUGAAGAAGAAAAGCUGCAUUGUCUCAUACCUGCACCUAGAGGUUAUGUAACACCAUUUCCAUGGCCCUUGAGCCGGGAUUACGUACCAUAUGCAAAUGUGCCUUAUAAGAGCCUGACUGUAGAGAAGGCUGUACAGAAUUGGAUUCAGUAUGAAGGGAGUGUUUUCAGGUUCCCUGGUGGAGGAACACAAUUUCCCCAAGGAGCUGAUGCUUAUAUUGAUGAACUUGCAUCUGUUAUCCCAUUGGACAAUGGGAUGGUUAGAACUGCGUUAGAUAUUGGUUGUGGGGUUGCUAGUCUGGGUGCAUACCUGUUUAAGAAAAAGGUGAUUACAAUGUCAAUUGCGCCAAGGGAUUCUCAUGAAGCACAAGUUCAAUUUGCUUUGGAAAGAGGUGUUCCAGCGAUUAUUGGUGUUCUUGGAACCAUAAAGCUGCCCUUCCCUGCCGGAUCUUUUGACAUGGCUCAUUGUUCUCUCUUUUCAAUUCCAUGGGGUUCAAAUGGUGGAAUGUACAUGAUGGAAGUGGACCGAGUUCUUAGACCUGGUGGUUACUGGAUACUUUCUGGUCCUCCAAUUAACUGGAGGAAUAACUACCAAGCUUGGCAACGUUCUGAAGCGGAACUUGAGGAGGAGCAAAGGAAGAUUGAAGAUAUUGCUAAACUUCUGUGCUGGGAAAAGAAACAUGAAAAAGGUGAAAUUGCCAUCUGGAGAAAAAGAUUAAAUAAUGAUGAAUGCCCUGAACAAGAUACCCAGCCUACAAGAUGUGAAUUUGUAAAUGCAAAUGAUGUCUGGUACAAGAAGAUGGAAAAUUGUGUAACUCUUUCUCACGAAGCUGUUGACUCAUGGAAGCCAUACCCAAAGAGACUCUAUGAAGUCCCUUUCAGAAUAUCUAGUGGAUCCAUUCCUGGAAUAUCCGUGGAGGUAUAUGAAGAUGACAACCGGUCAUGGAAGAAGCAUGCGAGUGCUUAUAAGCGAAUUAACAAAAUUAUCGACUCGGGCAGGUAUCGCAACAUCAUGGACAUGAACGCUGGUCUAGGAAGCUUUGCUGCUGCCUUGGAAUCUCCCAAACUGUGGGUCAUGAAUGUUAUGCCUACAACCACUGAGAAAGAUACCCUAGGUGCUAUAUUCGAGCGUGGAUUGAUUGGCAUUUAUCAUGACUGGUGUGAAGCCUUCUCCACAUAUCCAAGGGCAUAUGAUCUUAUCCAUGCAAAUGGUGUUUUCAGCUUGUACAAGGAUAAAUGUAGAACAGAAGACAUAUUAUUGGAGAUGGACCGUAUAUUACGGCCUGAAGGAGCAGUAAUAAUCCGAGAUCAAGUAGGGGUGCUAAUGCAGGUGAAGAGGGUUGCAAAAGGAAUGAGAUGGAAUACUAAGAUGGAGGAUCAUGAGGAUGGUCCUCUUGUUUCAGAGAAGGUGCUGUUUGCUGUCAAGAAAUACUGGGUUGCAGGUGACAGCGUCCCAAGUUCAAAGUGAUACCUGGAGGUGAAGGAAGGAAAAUGGAAGAUUUGUUAUGCAGAUAAUGAUCAAAUGCUUCUACAAACUUGUGGAGAAUCAAGAUGCCUAUGAAUUUCCUCCACUGCCAGCGUCUGUAUAUCAUGAAAGGGCAUGGGUGCAUCCUUGUUAAAUAGAAUUCAUAGGCAUCCUCCGCUUACGCAGAGUUUGGUCCAAUAGAAAGGGAGGAACAAGGGAGAGUGAUUUCAGUAGAGGAGGAGGGAUUUUAAUAACCCUCAAUUUAUUGGAGAGGAAACAGAAAAUUCAUUAAAACUAGUAUUUAACCCCGUGCAAUGCACGGGUGAGAAAUAAUUGGUUGAUAGAGUUGAGCAAUGAGAGAGUGUGAUGAAAGAGGGUAAGGUGUUUGGAUAAUAUAUGUGUAUAGUUCUCAUCACACUUAUAGUUCUCUCUCAUGAAAUUAACCCAUAAAGCAUCUUUGUGAUUAAUAAGGCCCCAACCAAGCUUUAUCAUAAAAGCUUUAUUAUGAUAAUGUGCUUUCCUUAACCCCAAACCGCCUUAUUCUUUUCUAUGGCAAACACCAUCCCAUGCCACCAAGUGUAACUUUUAUCUCAAGCUGGUACCUUCCUAAAGAAAUCUACAACACUUCUUAUCAAUCUCAUUACAAGUGUGAACUGACAAAGAAGUAGAUUGCAUAGUGUACGUUGGAAUAGCAGCAAUCAUAGCAGAAACAAGCAUGUGUCUAGCUGCCAAUGAUAGGGAAUUAGCUUUCCAAGAUGAUAGAUGACUAUCCAUCUUGUCUAAUACAUGCUGUCAGGUGCUCUUUGAGAGUCUCUUAUGAUGCAAAAGAACUCUUAAACACUUCCCAAGGUUAGAAGUAGGAGUGAAUUCCAAGAAAUUGCUAAUCUCAUUAGCUUGGGUAUGUCUUACAUUCUUAGAGAAGAAUAUUCUUGAUUUAGCACUAUCCACCUUCUCUCUUGAAAUAAUACAAAAAUUAUCAAAACAUGCCUUGAUCAACCUAGCCUGAUCCAUGCUAGCUUCAACAAAGAGUAAUAAAUCAUCAGUAAAGAAAUAAGUGGGAUAUAACAACCCUUUUUCUUUUUAAUAUGAACGGCAUCAUAUUUUCAUUCUCUACUUCCCUUUGUAUCAAAUGCCCCAGCUUCUCCAUGACUAAAACAAAUAAGUAAGGAGAAAUUGGGUCUCCUUGCCUCAAGCCUCUAGAUGGAAAAAAAUUAGCUCCCUUCUCACCAUUUCAAAGUACUUGCAUUGCAACAGUAGAGAGACAAUUAGCAAUUAAAUCAACAAAAUUGUUGGGAACUUUAAGCUCUUCAAAACACCAAAUCACAAAGCUCCAUCUAACUGUAAUAGCCCUAAAAAAUAAUAAUAAAUAAUAAAAAUAUAAAAUCAAUUAAUUAAUUAAUAAAAAAAUUAAUUAAUAAAAAUAAUAUAUAUAUAUAUAUAUUUUGAUUAUGUCUAUAUAAAUUUUGGGGUAGUUAUAAUAAAUUAAACUAGUAGCUUAAUGAAAAUCUUCCCUAGUCUUUAUUUAUUGGUUUAGAAAGUAAAUAUUUUAUUUUGUUAGUGCAGCAAAAUAAAAAAAUUGCUAGAAAAAAAAACAAAUAGCUCUGAAAUAUAUAUAUAUAUAUAUAUAAAUGUCCACACACUUCAGUCUCCUUCAUACCCAUUGUCAAUUUUUCUAGAAUCGAGUGAUAGAGAGAGAGAGAGACCUCUAAUCACACCUCUUUUCUCCUACCUUCCUUCUCCGGCUUCAGCCAUCGCCAGUGUGGUUGCAAGUAGCCAUUCGUCUAUAGCAGGGAGUUCUGUCAAGUUCUUGGAUUUUUCUCCUCCCUUGUGUCGUUGUCGGGUCUUCUUCUUCCUCUUCCUUCUACAUUGCAGGCCUCCUCCUCCUUCCUUAGAUGCUGCAUUGUGUUGUGUGGUUGUCAUGGAGGGAGCUUCGACUUCUUUCCUCUAUUUUUCCUCUUCAUGUAACUCGUCAAAGGUCUCUCCCUAUUCUAGUAUGUUUUUAUGGUUCACCGACUCCUUCCCCUUCUAUUUCUUUACUGUUGCUGAACUGAUUAAAAGGAGCUUUGAAUUUUUUUUCCUGCUCCAUCGUGAUUGGUCUGUGGUGAGGAUUUAAAUUUUUCUCUCUUCCACUUUAUGGAAUUUAUGAGUCUGACAAUGGGGCUUCGAUGUUUCCUUUAACUCUUGGAAUGCUAUAGUGUUUGGGAGAUUUGAAUC